UGUUAGUCUCUAAGGUGCCACAAGUCCUCCUGUUCUUUUCACAUCAUAUGCAUGGUUUCACUCAGCUGUGUGAGAGGACCUGAGCCACACAUGGGGAGCAGUACCUUGCUACAGAACAGCUGCCAGCAGGCAAGCCCAGCCAGAGCUACACUGGCUUCUCAGGAUGAGCCAGCUAAUUUGCUGAUCAGGUUGUUUCUGCCAGUUCUUUAUCUGGGUUUAAAACAAGCCUGGGCAGAGUCAAAAAGCAGUUCAAAUGAAACUGUGAACCAGGGGUCAGAUUAGGGGAGAAAGGGGUGGUGGUACUCUUCCAAAUGCUUUCCCACAAAAUAAGCUCUGCCCUCGUGAGAUGCUACUCACAGUCGAUUGUGCAGAUGUUAAGCAUGUAUCAGAGGUUCUCAAACUUCACUGCACCCCAACCCCUUUCUGACAACAAAAAUGACUCCAGGAGGGGGGACCAAAGUCUGAGCCUCCCCGGACCCCAGCACCAUAGGCAGGGGGACCAAAGCCCAAACCUGAGCCCUGUCACCCAGGGCUGGAGCCCUUGGACUUUGGCCCCCAACAGUGGGAUUUGAGCUUUGGCUUUGUCGCUGGGCUGUGGGGCUUUGGCUUCGGCCCUGGGCCCCAGUAAAUCUAAUGCCAGCCCUGGCAACCCCAUUACAAUGAGGUUGUGACCCACUUUGGGGUCCCAACCCACAAUCUGAGAACUGCUGGCAUAUAUGAUCACAUGUUUUCUAGGCUUCUUAUACCGUCGGGGGGGGGUGGUGGUCUGAAUACAUCUGUGGGCUCUACUUAGCUCCUUGGUCUUGGAUUUUCUUGAUUGAGAAGGGACGUGGCAUUGCUCUCCCCAACCCGUUCACAUGUUGUGCCAAAAUGAGCUGUUACGCACCAUAGAUUUUGCAGAUCUUUAUAUAUCUGCAGACCCUCCUCCUCCUUUCUUACAUGUUUUGAUGAGUAGAGAAAAUAUAAAUUAUUUAUUCUUUCUCAGCCUCAGUUCCUCAUCUGUGAAAUUGGGAUAAUAGCCAUAAUAACGCAAUAGAAUAUUGUAAGGAAAAACUUAUGAAUGUGUUUGAGGUGCUCAAAUGUUAGAGAUAUUUACUUUUAGAAAAAUAUCAAGGUCCCAGUCCUGAAAUGUGUAAUGCUUAAUUUGUGAGUUCUUCAGUGGUACUACUCACAUGUUUGUAGUUAAGCAAAUGUAAAAAUGUUUGCAAAAUCAGGGCAUAAAUAAAAUAAUGUUUACCACAUUCUUGUGAGAUGGAUAAGAUUAUAACAACUAUUUACAUAUGGUGAAAAGAGGAAGAGGUUAAGUGACUUGCCCACGUCCAGAGAGUGUGUCCGGUUCUUGAGUUGGUAUUAGAACUCAGAAUUACAGUCUUGCCCUCAGAAGUAUUAUAAGGGCCCUACUGUCAAACAAACAUUAACCCUGCCCCUUGGCCCAUUAAGCCCCACCCACCUGUCACUGGAAGUCCUGCCCCAUUGGGGUAUUCCUUCCGGGGUCAAGCCGGACACAUGACUGGAAGCAAGGUGUGUCGUGACCCCUCUAAGAACUCCUCCCACUGCCCUCUACCAAUCAGGAUGGGUUUUGCCCACAUAGGCCCACCCUGAGAGGAGAUUUGACCAAUUGGGGGGAGUUCCGGGGCGGAGUGACCCUGUCUGGAAGUGGGUUGUCUGACCUCUCUAAGAACUCCUCCCACCACCCUCUACCAAUUCUGAUGGGUUUCGGCCGCAGAGGACCGCCCGAGAGCAGAUUUGACCAAAAUAGGGCAGGUUCUGGGACGGGAUAAACUGCCCAGAAGAGGGUUGUGUGACCCCUCUAAGAACUCCUCCUACCGCCCUCUGCCAAUCAGAGCGCAGCAUCAUCACCCCAUGAGUCCCAGCGCUGGGCAGAGGAGGCCAUCUCUUACCAAGAACACGUGUUUUAGAAAUCGUGGAAAGGCUAAUAGGAAACAUGGACUCCUUCACCACCCCCAUGAGAACUUCAGACUUUGUUUUAGCCCUGAGAGCCUUCGACCAUCUGCGGAGACCAUUCUACAUCAGCGACAAUUCCGAGGAGGAGGAGGGAGCGGACGAGGGGAACCCUUUGGCCCAGCUGUUGAUGGAUACGCUGGAACCCGAACCCGAAACCCAACUGCUCAUGAGACACCCUGAUGAGCAUGGCGGCCUUUCAUUGUCCACCCCCCCUGGAGGAGGAAGGCAAACGCAGCUUGGGGGAGUCACCAGUGGACAAGGUGAAUGGAAAAGACAUCGCUCAGCUCAACAAUACCUUUCUAGAGGACCCAGAGACCCUGGACAGUGUUGCAUCAGACAGUGAAGAUGAACAGGGUCCGCCUUGUUUUUGCUCAAUACUGAUACAAAUUGUUGAAGAGGACUCCGAGGAUGACAGCUAUGAAGAGUUUAGGAGGAAGCUUGGCAUGAAACUAACUGAGCCAGUGCCACGUCGUGAGCAUAAAAAAGUAAUGCGGACUAUUGUACGCGUUGCUGUUUAUGCUGUCCUUAAUCGCUGUCUUAGGGAAAAGCUUUUCAAAGAUUGUGAGGGCUGUGUCAUAGACAUGCCAGCCCAACAGCACCAUGUCUGUGUGACUUGGACUUCAGUGUAUAUAAACUGCAAGCUCUGGGGCCUGUGUGCUGAGCUGUGUUUGGAAAGCUUAUUAAACACUGUUAUUGCCAUAGGUUAUGCUAUGCAAUGUCUGUGCCUAGCUCAAGAACAUUUAGCGCAAGGGGUGACCUUGAUAAAUGCUGUGCAAUUCAGUGGAGACCCUGGCCGUGUUUUAAAGAAAAUGACCAAACAGGAAGAUGCCUGCUUACAGCAUUAUAUUGACUGUCUGAGCCACACAAAAAGUUACAGAACCCUGCUUAAGAAGAAGACUAUUUGUAAGAAAUCGAAAAGGAUUAAGUUAGAGAAUGGUGAGGGGACAAACAAGCAAUUUAAAACUUGGUAGCUGUAAAUAAAAAAAAAAAUUAUUGAAAAGGGCUUUGUGACUAUCUGUGUUUCUGUUAGAAGGUCCUUAAGUGUGGCCCUUAAGUGAGCUAAAAGUUUUAAUGGAGCAUCUUGGUUUGUUUUCAAGGCCCUGUAUGUCUUUUAAAUAAAAAAAAAAUGUUUGUGAGAACCUAGCUCUUGUGUCUUUGUGUAAAGGAGACCCAUUGACAGCAGAAAGCUGAAAUGUAUGUUGUAAAAUCUUGUGGGAGGGAAAAAAUCCUAAAAAUGUGUUUAUAAUUAAAAAAAAAAUAGGGAUGGUUCAGACAUGUUUUAGUACAAUAGAGCUGCCUCAUCCUGUUGAACUGAAUGGUUUUAACCACACUCCCACUGAAUAGCCAGGGUGACUGAGAUUACUCACCCUUUUUGCCAUCAGGGUUAAUGUAUUAGUGAUCAGUAAUUAAACUUCAUAGGUGUGCACUC